AUGGAUUGUGCCGAGAAAUACGGGCCCUUUUCUCCUCGCAGCCUUCCAUGCCAUGACACAUAUAUGGUCGUUCCCACCGGCUCCGUGGAACUCGGUGUAGCAUUAUAUAUCAUGGUUGCUAAAGCUGUUAUCUGCUUUGCUCUCUUCGCCAGUACAAUUUCAACCACGUUUGCAGCUAAUGAUACUGCUCCCCGUCGCUGUGGCACUACAAUCUCAAGAAACGAAUCGAAUACUAUCGAGGCCAGCUUCCAGGCGUCGCUCACGGAGCAGAGUCAGAUCACAGCAACGGAUUCAGAAGGAAAGACGAUUAACGUGUAUUGGCAUGUUAUAUCCGAAGGCGACGAUAUUGGCAGUGGAAAUAUCCCUGACUCGCAGAUAAAUGAUCAAAUCGAUGCCCUUAAUCAAGGCUUCUCUGGAGCGAAUAUAACAUUUGUCCUUGCUAAUACAACUCGCACAAUAAACUCUGAUUGGUUCAGAAACGCGGGCUUAUUUGACAAUGGGACAGUAACACCGCAAGAUCACGAAAUGAAGCAGGCGCUUCGCCAGGGGGGAGCUGGUGAUCUUAACGUGUACAGUGUCAACUUUACGAACACAGAGGAUCUGCUUGGAUAUGCACCAUUUCCUGCUUGGUAUUCCAGUGAUCCUGUUGGUGAUGGUGUUGUGAUACUCUUUUCCUGUCUUCCUGGAGGUUCUGCACCUGGAUUCAGUGAGGGAAAAAGCCUUGUACACGAAGUCGGCCAUUGGACAGGACUAUAUCACACUUUCGAGAAUGGAUGUGACGAACCUGGGGACAGAGUAUCCGACACGCCCCCAGAAGCCAGCUUUGCUUCAGGAUGUCCAACCGGACGUAACACCUGCCAUGAAUCUCCAGAUCUCCCGGAUCCUAUCCACAAUUACAUGGAUUAUACGUUGGAUGAAUGCUUGACCGAGUUUACUGAAGGCCAAUAUAAGCGACUCCUGGAACAAAUUAGUGUUUACCGUGGCAUUUGA